UUCAACCACUCACAUCACCAUCUUGACCGCAAUUUUCGUUCUAUUACUACCCUAGGGGCUUUGAGCUCUGGAUUUACUGGGCCGGUUCGAUUGAGAAGGGAAUGCAUCAUCCAGCUGAGGUCACAGCUACUUGUCAGUUCCUAUGAUCAAUGUAUAUAAGAUGUUGUGCAGGGGCGUUGGAUAAACCGGAUGCCCCUGCGUGUGAUUACCUUCUGGCAAGAACACACUUCCUAUCAUGGCGACGAGCAACGAGAAACAAGAAGUCCAGCGAACCUCGAAUGAAAUAUCCAAAACAUCCAACAGUUUAAGGGAGAAGGAUGCCGAGGACCCGAUGGCUGGCUACCUUCCCCGAAGUGAUGAGGAAUACAAUGUCACCUUGAAAACAUGGUGUGUCGUUUCUAUUCUGGCGCUUUCCUAUGGUAUCAGUUUCUGGAUAGUGCCUUCGCUCAGUGCUUGCGCUGCCGUUGUUGCAGCUCAAUUGGGCGAUCCUACCAAGGCCGCAUGGUAUGUCUCUCUAUAUACCAUGACUGUAACUAUCGCUUUCAUGGUAUGCGGAGCCAAUAGCGACCUGUUCGGCCGCCGAUGGUUCAUCGUGGGUGGAAACGCCAUACUCUUCGUUGGUUUCAUUGUCGGAGGCUCCGCAAAGAACAACACAACGAUGCUAGCGGCCAUGUCACUCAUUGGAUUCGGUGCUGGCAAUGCCCAGCUUGCCGCAUUCGCUCUUCCAGAACUUCUACCCAACAAGUGGCGCGCUGCUGCAAUCGUAUUUGCAGAUAUCGGAGUCUACUUUGCUGUCCUUGUAGGUCCAGUAGCUGGGGCAUUCGCAGCCCAAAGUGCUGAUACGUGGAGAUGGCUCUUCUACGCACCCGCAAUUGCCGUCUUCUUCAGCUUCUUGGGCCUGUUCUUCUUCUAUUACCCUCCGAAACACCCAAGAGGCCUUCCCACCACCCAGGCGCUAAAGGAGCUCGACUACAUUGGCGCUAUCCUAUUCAUUGCAUCUGCGACUCUUAUCCUCGUUGGAAUCGUUUACACGACUACGCUUCCGUCAAAAGAUCCGAAAGUCAUCGGAACGCUUGUGAGCGGCUUCACAACCCUAGUCGCAUUUGCUCUCUGGGAGACUUUUGCACCGCUCACACAGCCUUUAACACCAACUCAUGUCUUUACGCGGGACAAGGGGCGUGAGCUCACUGCACCAUUCAUUGUUGGUUUCGUGGUAACCAUGUUCUACUACGCAGUAAACAUCAUAUACCCCACACAGAUUGCUACGCUGUUCACAGACGCAACGACAGACUACAAGUACCGCAUCGUGCUUGGACUGCCGGGAAACUUAGGUCUCUGCUUUGGUGCCCUCCUUCUUACAGUAUUUGGUCACCGUAUCGGUCACUGGAAAUGGACACUUACUGCGUCCGUCACGGUUAUGGUCGUUUUUGGCGCUUUGCUUGCUCUCGGCAAUCCCCAGCGCAAGGGCAUGAUGAUUGCCUUCGUAUUCCUCUGCCAAGUUGGCUUCGGGUGGGCACAGUAUCUUUCCAUUGCAUUCAUCCAGUUUGGUGUGCCGCAAGUCGAACUCGGUAUCUCCGGUGGCCUCGCUGGUGUAUCACGCUUUGCUGGCGGUGCAGUUGCAAUCUCCGUGUAUCAAACCAUCCUCACAAACGUGCAAUCCUCCAAGACCCUCGAACUCGUCCCAACCGCCGCUACCGCAGCCGGCCUUCCCUCUUCCUCAGUCUCCGCGCUCCUCGCUGCGUUGCCGCUCGGGGCCACGGCCCUCGCAAAGGUGCCUGGAAUCACCAAUGAGAUUAUCGCUGCGGCUGGUGCGGCAUUUCAACAAGCGUAUGUAGUCGGUCUUCGAACCACUGCGCUGAGCUCUCUUAGUUUUGGUAUUCUGGCUAUUAUUGCUUGCUGCUUCUGCAACGAUAUUGGGCCGAAGAUGGAUAAUAAGAUUGAGGUUUUCUUGGAGAAUGAUGAGAACGCGGAGAAGAAUAGAUAUCAUUGA